GGGUGCAGUCAAUCGUUCUCUUCAUGGCAAGAGCUCGUCUAUAUGCGUAACUGUUGGAAGGAAAAGACCUGAACUAGAUUAGGCUGGACGCGAUAAGAGAUACAGCUCUCUUUAUGGACUUUGAGAGGGGUUUCUUAGAGAUCUUCAUGCGUGAGUUACAGAGAGUCCUAGUCUCCCAAUGCUCCAACGCUCUAAACGGAGGAGUUGGACGCGUAGUCUCACGUGGAACGGUGCAGCCAAGAUGGAUUGACUGUAUUGAAUCUGAGUGGCCAGGUUGGAUAUCUUGUGACUGGCUAUCUAGGCACAUGAUUGGAUAAGGGUAGAUAUAUAAAAGAGCUGAUAUCCUAUGUGCCCGCUCUACUUGAUGAGACUACAAUACCCUACACCGAGCCAGAUCUAUUACAGGAAGAACCCAAAAACUCGUAUUAUCAAAAUGUCCUGCCCAAUUGAUACUCCCGCACAGACUAUCAUGUCUUCUCUCCGCCGCUCCCCCUCCGGCCGCGGCUACACCCACCUCGCCUGCGACGGCGUGCUGCGCGCCAUUAGUGGAGACAACAAGGUCGUCGACUACCGGCGGCUCAGUCCGGAGGAGAUCCAGACUGCGAUGCAGGUGUUUCCGCAGAAGUAUCGUGACCAGGUCAAGGAUAAAUUUGUGGGUGUUGAUGGGCGGGAUGUCACGAAUGAGGAGCAGCUGUGGAAUCCGUCGGAGGAGCUUGUGCCCCGGAGGAAGGAGAGGAGCGGGGUGGAGGCGCCGAGUUCGACGCCUGUGGGGUGAUCUCUUCUCUCUCUCUCUCUCUCUCUUUUUAACCCCUGUCUGUACGUGACCGUAAGGGAAGGGGGUAAAGCUCUUGGAUAAAAGAUAGA